AUGUAUAUCAAGCGAAUUCCGACACCUCUACUUUGGAAAGAUCCGAGAUACAACGAUGAAUUUGGUGAAGCAAUCAAAAUCCUCUUCGAUUACAUCGACCAUCGAAAUAGUGACAUCCGUAUGUUUAGUGAACAGACAGUGGAUUCGAUUCUUAGGAAGAUUAAUGCGUUGCAGCAUUUAAUCAUCGACAUGAACACUUCUCGGGUUGUUGUGGUUUUGCUGGCGGAAAUUAAACGUAAUGGUGCUGCACGAUCGCUUGUUUUUGCACUGUCGCGACUAUUUCACGUCCUAAAACAUGUUAAAAGGAAUCGUUUACGGACUGUAGGAAUACAUCUGGUUUCCGCUGUUUCGAAAAUUCUCAUACGGCCAGAAGAAGCUGUUCAAAGUGCACUGGAGCGAUAUCUCCCGUCGGUGUUCACAGUUCUUGGACCCGAUUUUGAGUCGCAACGAAGUGAAAACAUUAUGAAGCUUUAUGAAGUAGCAGUGGACAACCUGGAAUUACUUGGUGUUGCAAAUCGAACUGCUGCUGUUGUAAUAAGUCAGCUGGCAACGUAUGUCGCUGUAAUACGUCGAAAAUCAUUCCUGCAUUUUCUUAAAAUAUUAUCUGAAGCAAGCGAAGAAAAUCGAAAUUUACUGGUUGGAAUAAUGAAUUCAUUGCGCCUCCUAUGGCCUGUGUAUUUAGCGAAUAUCAAUGAGUUCGAGUUGGAAGGUUUGCAGGAUUUGAUACGCAAUUCUCUACGAACCCUUUUUUCAUCGCACAGCGAUAUUAUUGUUGCUUCUCUGGAAUUUCUGGAAAAAGUGCUUUCGUCGCCGCUUAACGGCCUUCGCUUGGAACACUUCUAUCCACAACGACCAAGUGUAAUGCGCACUGGCGCAGAAACAGUUCAAGAGAUCAUUGUGCCAGCAACUUCCUAUGCUCCGAGUUGUGUGAGCUCGUUGAGAGCAAGCCCCGUGAAUUCGAUUUUUGGUCAGGAAUCACCCACAGCUUCAAAUUUUCCAAACAGCUUCACUCAUCCACCGUUCAGUCCACAUUCAAACACAGAUUCCGGUAGCUCAGAGUCGGGAAGUAAACCGAGUUCGGACGAUGGUAUGGAUGUGGUUGAUCCGUUAAGGCAUCUGGAAAUAUCCAGUGAUUUCACGAAGUAUUCGAGUUCCUCUGAAGAAUCUUUACCUGUUGAGACUGGAACUGCUGCUGCUAGUACGAUACCCGAACACUUACCUACUGAAAUCUCAUAUGAAUCGUUUCUCACAUAUACAGCCGUACUUCUGGCAAAACGAUUUUUAUUAAGUGGGCAUUGUCUGAAAUUGCUGGCUGACCGCGAUGUUCGAGUGAGUCACAAAAUCAUGGCGAUGUCAUGCUUGAGCAGCCUUGCACUUCAUCUGCCAAAAUUUGCUGAUAUACCUCUUGAGGCAAAAGGCGGCUUAGGAGUGCAGACAAUGAAAGACCUUCAGUUGUAUUUGAAUCAUGAAGAUGAUCAGCUCAAAGCUGCUGCAAUCACUGUGCUAGUGAGUGCUGAAAAAUGUAAAUUUCGAGCGAUAGGCGAACAAUUUCGUGAGUUUCAUUGCUCGUUCCGUUCUUUUGUAUUCGAUGCAAUGCGCCUUCAACGUGCCCACUGUAGCCGUGCACUUUUGGUGGCAUUAAAAUCAGCCAGCAAGUUGGUUUACCAGACCGAAAUCGCGUACGAUGUUGCAAAAUUUGCCUGUGAAAAUUAUCGUGACAAUUAUUUUCUACUUCGUGUAGCGGUUGUGGAAUAUUUGGCAAGCGUUGAAUGGGCACUUGCAAGUCGGUCGUCAUCUGCACACAUUCCGGAUGAGGUUUUUGACAAGUACAUGUGUUUACUUGCUGAUGAUGAUCAACGCGUGAGGAAUGCAGCAGCCGAGAAUCUCCCCUUGCUCACGAAGAACGCGAACUAUACAUUGCCACCGAAUAAUUUUGCAGUGGAUAGACCUGGUGAUUAUCUAUGCUCUGCCUUUCAACGAAAGCCUAUGACUGUUGGAAUGGAUUCGCAUUACGAUUUUUUGGAUCAGCAACCGAUCGAUUUUGUACUCGCAGGAAAUAUUUCAGUUAUCCUGGGGAAAAUGUUUGAUGUGUUAACCGAAAAAGCCGAUGAAAAACAGCAGGCAGGAUUUGCGGCCGGUCUGUGCCAUCUGAUGAAUUGUUACAAACCAAUUCGUUAUCCUGAAGCAUGGGGUUUGAAACCGAAUGCAGACAGCUCACGCAUUGGUCUAAUUGUUUCGUUAAUUUCAAAGAGCAGUUGUUGCUGUACUUCAGUGCAGACUUUCGUACAGUUUUUGGAUAUUGCAACGCAUAUGGCUGCCGGGCUGUAUGCAGUUAACUUGAUGAAAGCGGCCAACGAGACGAGUAAGGCAGGCGCAAAAUUUCCAGAACCAUUCAUUUAUGACCAGCUCCUUCUUCUGCAGCUAAGGAUUCUGAACUUAUAUUACUCUCUUUUAACGGACUAUCGGCAGCAGCUCGCGUUAUCCGGCUUGCGCCUCUCGCCACUUUCUCCUGUUCGUAAGGCGCUUCCUGUUGGUGCUAGCGGUGCAGCAUCAUGGGAGCAACGAAUUGCUGCAAUUUCGACAUUUGCUGGAAGCAAUAUCAGAUUGUCGCGGAACACAAGUUUCCUUCAGUCUGCCAGUCUCAUGCAUUUUGCGGAUUCAUUAAAAGGUGCCUACCUCACUUACAUGAACAGUAUAGCUUGUGAUGUGCCGGAACGCUUUACAACGUUGCUAACUUGUGCGCUGAAUUGUUUGGCUUGUAUUCUCGAAGUGUUACGGCUCCAGCAAAUUGCUGAUGUUGUUGAAGAGAUUUUGCUUUAUUGUCGAUGUGUAGUUGAAAUUGCACCAGCUGAAAGUGUGCGAGUUUCUAUGCAACUCUUCAAAAUUUUAUUUGGAAGCAAUGUUGCAAAUUUGUCGUUUGACGCUGUGAGGACGCUGAAGUUACGCCAUACUGACUUACCUAAAGAUCUCAUGGAAGUGUGUUUGUUGCGAAGUGCGAAUUUUUUUACAGAAUAUGUCGUGAAUACGGGUCGUGAAGAACACUGCCAAGCAGAAAUCACAAGAAAUGACUACUGGGCAAAUAAGCAGAAAGAAUUGAAGGAAAAACGAAUUGCUGCCCGCGCCGCCAAACAAGCCAAAAAGGCUGCUGAAGCGGAAGCAAAAAAGAAGAGCUUGGAAGUGCAUUUCGUCAAAGGAUUAGUGCUGUCGGUGGAAAAUCUUCCGAAAGAGGGCUGUGAUCUUGCAAAAAUCAAGGAAUUCUUCAAGAAGUAUGGUGACGCCCAGAUUCGUUUUGGUGGUGAGGAGAAUGGUGCAGCGAAGGCAUGGGAAGAAGCGGUGAAAAAAGGCGAGGAUGGAAAGGUGAUGUUCCACGGCAAUGAACUGAAGGGGACAGUGCUUGAUGGUGAGAAGGAGGAGGAGUACUGGAAUAACUUUAACAAAAAAAAAGCCGACAAACAGGAACGAAUAGCGAAUAAUCGACGUGCCGGCAGAGGACGUGGCCGUGGCCGUGGCCGAGGUGGCGCCCGAAACAGUGGCGAAACAAGGGGCGAAAAGGUACUUUAUUUUACAUUAUUUUGGGAAUACCUGCUGAAAUUGCUUCUGAUUUAUGGUCUGGCAAAAGUAUUUUUCAUCUAUGAGACAAAGAGUGGAAAAGACUAA